ACAGAGCGCCUCUCCUACUACCAUUAUAGCAGUUCAACCCAUCACUGCUCUCCGGCAUGGACGAACUGCAUCUUCUAUGUCUUUAACCUUACCUUCAUCUACGGACUGGCAGUCCCCACCAUGCUCAUCUCUCACGCUUUUAUCAUCUAUAAAUUGAGAGCAAAAGAGAAGAAGCUUAGAUCGUAUGGUGUCGGCAAGUCAGGGCAAGCUCAGGCAAGCAAUCCGGAGAAACAUAUCAGUACUUUAUCGGGAUCAGCUGGAAUGGGAACUGACAUAUCUAUGGAAGGCAAACAAAAGUGACAAGAUUCCCUCGAAGCGACUUCAAAGCAGUAACAUGAAACAAGAUCAAGAACACAGCCUACAUUCUCUUUCGGUGGAUUUCGGCGACACUUCGGACACAAUCGGCACUUCUGAACUUGAUCUCUCUUCAUCGGAUAUGGUGUCUCGGGGACAAAAGAAAGAUCGGCCGAGGAAAGCAAAAGGGAAAAAAGACAAACAGACCCAGUUGGCAGUAAAGUGGGCGAACCUAAGCGUGGAUAAACAAGUUGCAGUUGCAGGGGGUAUGGUUGUCCUGACAACGACCGUCUGCUGGGCCCCUUACUCUCUCGUUCAUGCUUGCUUCUUUGACUUCUCUCCAUCUCACAUGGUUGGGGUUGCUACGAUGUGGCUGGGAUACACCAACGCGAUGCUCGACCCCCUGAUCUAUGCAUUCUUCAACAGACAGAUACGAUCCAAGAUUGUCCAUCGUUUCAACGACUGCUUCUCAUGUUUGAAAUGAUCCAAAUUGUUUAUACCAGUGGCAGAUCUACCUCUUCGCUAAGAGGGGGUGGGGUGGGGUUGACAAGUUGGUUUGACCAAAUGACGAUGAGCUGCGACGUAAUGCAUCCUAGCUACCCCCCCCCCCCCCCGAUGUAGAUCCGCUACUUUUCUGUUUCUCCCAAAACAGGGAAAGGUUGUUGGAGUUUGAUUCCAUACUCUUUUAUAUAUUAUGUUUCGGGAACCCGAGGUGGGGAUUUAAAUCCCCUACCCCACUCCCUGGAUCCACCGCUGCAUAUUACAUUUUCUCUUUUGGGCUCCAUUGUCAUUGUUUGGAGGGAAAGUGCUGAUGGGUUUAAACAGGGCAGUUUCUCCGUCAUUCUUAAAGUAAUCCAAAACGGGAAUAAAAGGUUCGGGGGCAAAGAAAGUAUGGGAAAAGAAAAAUCUCAGGCAUUAGCGAUACAAUAUUCCAAAUUGAUAGAAUUCAGAUGGGAACAAUCCAACCACCCCUCCCCAAUAUACCAUUAAGAAACUUGGCGCUGCCGCCGAGGUUUGAAUAUUCGUGUUUUGACUUGAAAAUAUAGUCAUUUUAUGAUAUACCUCUGAUGUAAUCUUACGAUUUAUAAACAUGUAAAUAGCGUUAUAAAAUAAAGUAAAAAGCGAUUGUGAAAUGUUUAGGUUUGAUACAAAGAGCUGUAAAUAAAUGUAUAUUUAGACUAAUAUUUACACUUAGACCUGCAUUAUUGUGAUAGCAACAUAAUAUCAAUAAAUCCUGAAAAAAAAUCUUAUCAAAUAAGUGCCUGUACCAGGAUUUUAAAAGAAUGGAGUUCACAUUAUAAAAAGAUGAAGUCUACUGAUGUCAAAUUGGAUAUAAUGGAAUAUGAAAUUAUAUCAAAAUGGAGAUGUCUAAUGAUGUCCCUUGUAAGCUGUAUAUUUGCCUAUUUUAUUUCAAGUCGUAUAUUUUUUUAUGUCUGCAUUGUGUAUAUACCAUUUGCAAACUGAAUGUAAUUCAGCCUUUGGCUGCUAUUUUUAGUGAUUAUUUGAAAUAAACCAUUCAAUAAUAAUAAUGAAAAAUGAUAAUGCUGUGUACCAUAAAAUUCCAUCAACUGUCAUCUUUUAUUUUUUUUACCUGUGCAUAUCAACAUUAAAAACCUAUAUGUAAUAGGUGGCAAAUGACAUCACAAUGAGACUUUUUUUUUGGGGGGGGGGUGGUCAUAGUAACUCUGAAUUUUUCAUAGAUUUUUAUUUUAUCAUCAAAAUGCUCCUCACAAACCAACUUGUAUAUUCAAAUGUAUUUCUAUAAUAUGGAAGCAAGUACAUACUCAGCAAACUAAGCCUUAUGCUUGUAUUAUGUUCAAAUAUUGUUGCAGUAUUUUCCCCCUUUUUUUUCAAUCAAAGUAAUUCCAAACAAGAAAAAGAAAUUUGUGCUACACUUGAAACCAUGACUUCCCUUAUUUAUGCAAAUAAUGAAAGGAAAUUAAAUAUUUCGCUUUAUCUUCGUAACUUGUCUUUACUAGAAGAAAUAAAAGAAAUAUGAUGAUUCUAACAAAGGCACAGAUGCUAAGUAGAUGUUUUUUAGUUCUUGUUAUGUUUUUAAGGAAAAUAAUAAAUUGUAAAAUCAAUAAAAAUAUUGAAUAGCUGAUACAUGUACAAUUACAGAAAUUAUAAGUGAAAGGUUUAUU